CUGCAACGGUCAAUGCCCACGCCCGGCAUGUCGAAGCUGUCCGACGAGCUUCGGAGGAUUCAGGAGCUUCAACGCCGCUCCCUUCGGGGCAUCGAUCAGGUGCAGGCGCAUCACAUCGUCCUCCAGAACCAGGUCGACAAACUGCUGCUGCGCUUGUCUGACUUAUCUGAGGUGGCUUAUGAUGUCGAGAUUUCGCCUCAACAUCCGCCCAAAGCUGUGGUGGAAGAGGCUGUCUUGGACGUGAAACUUGGAACCCAGGCGGAGGCACCCUUGCAGACGCAGGUCGCAGGGCAAAUUCCUUCGGAGUCUCCAACGAUUUCGCUCAGCCCCAAGGAGGCAACCGGAAAGGAGUUCAAGCACUUGAGGACCAUUGGUGGCUAUAACAAGGAGAAGAACCUUUUGGAUACCCUGGAACAGGAAGGACUCCUUGAGGAUUCGUUUCUGCAACGUUUGCGCAAAAAGGCCUCAGAUCCCUUCGAGAAGAGCCAAGUGGUGCAGUUCUGUCGCAGGGUCGUACGGCAUCCAGCCUUUGAACCCAUCGUAUGUCUUAUCAUAUUGAGCAACCUGGUGAUUCAAGGGUUCGAGAUCGAACACUCCCUGCUUCCCGAGCCCAAAAGUGAAUGGCCCAUCGGUGUGGAGAUUUGCUUCCUCUCAUUCUACGUGGUGGAGCUGAUCCUUCGAAUUUUGGCCUACGGUCCGGCAGGCUUUACGGAUCUCUGGUUCUUGAUGGACUUGAUUAUCAUCAUCAGCAGCAUCGUGGGCCUGGUUCUCUACAGCACCAACAAUUUCAGCAGUUUCCUGGUGAUUCGCGGUUUCCGACUCCUGCGCUUAGGACGAUCGCUGAAAGGAGUAAAUCGUUUCAGGAUCGUAUGGCAUUUGCUCCAUGGGCUGCUGAACUCCGGACAGGUCCUUUUGGCGACCUUCUCCUUGUUGGUUCUGGCCAUCUACAUCGCUGCCUGCAUUGGAGUGGAGAUCAUCACCAAGGACGCCACGUUGGUGAACAAUCCACAAGUCUCUUCGAUCGUGGCCAACAGCUUCGGUUCCUUGCGUGUGACCAUGCUCACCCUGCUUCAGUUCCUCACAUUGGACUCGAUCUAUCAGAUUUACAUCCCUUUGGUGAUCGAGAAACCAGGUUUGAUGCUUUAUUUCCUGGCCAUCAUUCUGAUUUUGCCCAUCACGCUCAUGAAUCUGGUCACAGCAGUGCUGGUUGAAAAUGGAAUGACUGCAGCGCAGAAGGAAGCAGAAUUCGAGACGAAGGCGCGGAGCGAUGAAAUGAAAUCCGCUGUCUUGCAGCUUCUGGACAUCUUCACCAAGUUGGACAUCAAUCACAACGGCGCGCUGACACGCUCUGAGUUGGUCAAGAUGCCCGCGAAUGCUAUUCCGCGUGACCUCCUAGAUGCCUUGGCCGUCGAGGACCUAACCGAUCUCUUCGAUGUUCUGGAUGUCGACCGGACAGGCGAGAUUUCUCAGCAGGAAUUUGUGGAUGGAGUCCUGCAGAUGGUGGUGCGAGACGUUCCUGCAGAGACCAUGAGAUUGAUGAAAUUACUGCAAAGUGUGCACAGAGCUGUGCAUUUCAUGAAUGAUUCGCACUGUCGGAUGUUGAGUAAUGCCAACGUGACUUCAUUGCUCUGAGCCCAGCACUGUCUCACCGUCAAAACGAAAACGUGGCCCCCCCCGCUCCCUUUUUUUUGGGAGGGGGGGUGCCGUAAUUGGCAUUAUAGGGACUGAUGUUUGGAUGAGGUUUGAAGAUGU